AUGAAAUUGAGUAUUUUGCUUCAAUAUGAUGAUGAAAAGUGGAGUGCGUCUAUAGUCAAGCUCGGCAAAUUAGUAGCCCUCGAUGAUCCUAGAACUGAUAUGCAUAGGUUUCUAUACGAAGUUUUUGCGAUUGGAUCACAAAUGCUAAGGGAAUGUGGAAGACUUGCAGUUGUUAUAGGCACUGCUGCUUCUCUUAUUGUUCCUCUGGUGGUAACUACUGGUUUUGCCUAUUUUAUACGGGAAUACUUUAGAAACUCAGAUUUUGAAAUUUACGAAAGCCUUCCAUCAGUUGCUGUUCUUGUAUCUACUGCUUCUUUUCAUGUGAUCUUAAUCGUCUUGACAGACGUCAAGCUUAUGAAUUCUGAACUAGGCCGUCUAGCUCUCUCUUCUUCUAUUAUCAGUGGAUUAAGCAGUUGGGUUUUUCUAGCACUUACUUUUGAAGUCAAAGCAAACACUGAACUAAGACUUGUAAAAUCAGGAAUAGUAUACUCACAGAUUAGCAAAGUAGUUCUGAUUUUGAUAAUUUUUUUCAUUUUACGCCCAAUAAUGCUUUGGAUCGUUAGACAAACCCCAGAUGGAAAGCCUUUGAAGGAGUCAUUUAUUUGUGAUAUUUGCUUGAUGGUACUUUCUUCUGCUCUUUUUGGGGAAUAUAUGGGCCAACAUUUUCAUUUUGCGCCUGUAAGUUUAGGAUUGGCUACUUCUGAUGGUUCUCCAAUGAUUUCUAGUUUAAUGGAGAAGCUUGAUUGCUUUGUAGAAACAAUUCUGGUACCAUGUUACGUUCUUGAUGCUUGUAAAAGAACCAACAUUUUCGCCAUGGGAGUUGAAAAAUUUGCUGUUGUUGAGUUAACAAUGAUUGUAGCUUCUGCAGCGAGGCUUUUAUCUGUUAUUAUCCCCGCAAUUUAUUUCAAAUUAUCUGUUCGUGAUGCUCUUUCAUUGGGAUUCAUAUUGAAUUGCAAAGGACUUUUUGAUGUGCAACUUUUUUCUCGCGCAAAUAAAGUAAUGUUCAUCUCAAAUGAGACCUACGCCAUGUUGAACAUAUCCUGUGCAUUGCAUUGUGCUGUUUUUACAUGGCUAGCUAAAAUUCUGCAUGAUCCUUCAAGAAGAUAUGUUGCUUAUAAAGGGCGAACAGUCCAACACAGUUUCAAACGUUCUGCUGAGUUGAGAAUUCUUGCUUUUAUCCAUCAACAAGACAAUGUGCCUUCCAUUAUUAACUUGCUUGAAGAUUCUAAUCCUACAAAAGAAGACCCAAUUGAAGUUUAUGUUAUGAACCUGAAGCAAUCAGAAAUAGGCACAGUCCCUCUUCUUAUCUCACUCCAGUUUGGUACUUCUUCAUCAACUGAUCAUAAAUAACAUGAAAUCGAUCGCAUCAUCAAAGCCUUAAGUCGAAUUGGAUAUCGAAACGAAGGACUUUCCAUGGUUCAAUGCUACACAUCCUAUGCACCUUAUCCAACAUUACAUGAUGCUGUUUGUUCUAUGGCUCAAGGGAAGUUUACAUCCUUAAUAAUCUUACUAUUUCAACAUUCUGACGAUCCUUCUAUCACAAUUAUCAACAAGAAUAUCUUGCAAUAUGCUCCUUGUUCUGUUGGCAUUCUUUUCAACAAUGGAAAAAUUAGAGCAUCAAUUGCGCCUUGCAAGGCUAUGAAAAGGGUGUGCCUACUUUUUCUUGGAGGUCCUGAUGAUCGUGAAACAUUAGCAUUUCGUGCACGCAUGGCUAUGCAUAGAUACAUUAUGCUUACAGUUAUAAGAUUCAUAUCAGAAGAUCAAAGCGACGCUGAUUUAAUAGAAAAAAGGCGCGAUAUAAGUAAUAUAAACGAGUUCAAGCUUCGCACUAGUAGUAGCAGCAAUGCUGUGAAAUUUGUUGAAUAUACAGUAACACAAGGAUCUGAAACUGCAACGGUGCCGAGGUGCUUCGACCUGAUUUUGGCAGGAAGAAGACAUGAUCCGAAAUCUUCAGCAAUAACAGGACUAUCAGAAUGGAAAGUGAUUGAUGAAUUAGGUGUAAUUGGAAAUAUAUUGGCAUCUUCAGAUUUUGAUUGCCAAGCACCUGUGCUUGUUAUACAACAACAGGCUUCUGUAGUGGAAGAAAUGCUUGUCCAAGAAACAUAUCAAGAAGAGAAAGUAUCAGUGAUGCGCCUGGUUCAAGUUUUGCUUCAAGUGAUAGUACUUGACAUUUAAUAUUAUGUUAUUUUGUUAAUAAAUUUUUGUACGUGUGAAAAUUAAUUAAGGUUGCUCCUUACUAAAUCAAAAAUUGUAAAUAUUUUCUUGCUUGAUAGUCUAUUUUGCAAACUGGUUUGGACUAUAUUUUCUCUUUUCUUUUUCCAAACUGCUGUUGAGUGGUGUUUAAUCUUUUCACCUGUUGCUAAUAAAGCUUUUGUAAAACAUCAUGGGUGCUAAUUUGAAAGCAGGUCAAAACUCAAAAAUUGUAAAUGGAAAUUUGGCCAUCGAGUAGUGUUUAUAUAUUUGUUUAAA